AGGAGACUUUUCCUGAUGGUAUGUUGGUUUUGGCAGUUGACGACAAUAUUGUCUGUCUCACAUUGCUUCAGGCUGUUCUGCAACGUUGCCGCUACAAAGUUAAGAUUGCCUCAGAUGGAGCCACAGCACUUAAGCUACUACUGGAGGAAAAAACCAAGUUUGAUAUUGUUAUUACUGAUGUUCACAUGCCUGACAUGGAUGGAUUUAAGCUAUUGGAGAUUGUUAGUCUAGAACUGGACAUACCUGUAAUUAUGAUGUCUGCAAAUGAUGAUAAGAACAUGGUGAUGAAGGGUAUCCAGCAUGGCGCCCGCGACUACCUGGUAAAACCUAUUCGAAAGGAGGAGAUUCAGAAUAUAUGGCAACAUGUGAUUAGAAAAAAUUUAUUUCAACCCAAUGAAUCAGUUUUGAAAAAGGAAAUUACUGAUCAAAAUUCUAAGUCUACUAAGAGGCAAAGAGGGCAAAGCAAAGAGAAAGAAAGCAUCUUCAACAAUGACUCUGGUGAAGAUAUUUCAACACAUAAAAGGCCAAGGGUUGUUUGGACACAUAAACUUCACACAAAGUUCAUUGAUGCAGUUAAAGAAAUAGGAGUAGAAAAGGCUGUUCCUAAGAAGAUACUUGAACAUAUGAAUGAACCAGGGCUUUCUAGAGAAAACAUUGCAAGUCAUCUUCAAGUGAGUUCAGUCUUGCAAUGUCUCUUCUAUUGUAUUUUAGAUCAUAUGUAGGCAUUGAUUUGGUAUUUUAUUCUCACUUUCAUCUUUUUUACUACUCAUGGUAGAAAUUCAGAAAUGCUCUGAAGAAGAACAGUACUGCUGCUACUACUAGCCAACAGAGCAGUAAUAAUGUUGAUCAUUCAAAUGGAGGAGUCAGUGGGCAUCUCUCAAGUAUAACAACAAUUACAUCUAAUGAUCAUCCUAAUGACCUAGAUCAUGCAGCUGCUAAGAUCAGAAUCAGUACUACUCACCAUCCUGCACAUAGCUUUCAUCAUGAAGUCAAUGGUUAUAAUAAAAAUCUGGGGAUUCAUCAAUAUGGUCAAAGUCCCAUUCAGAAUUCUUGCUUUUUUGGUAUUUCUCCACCAACAAAUCCAUUCCUACAAGUUCCUGAAACUGUGGAUCAAAUGCUUUUGAGGGAAAGAAAACAUAUUCCUAGACUUGCUGGAG